AUGAAGAAUUACGUGCGAUCAUGUCAGCCUUUGGGAAAAGGGGUCUGCUCCAUCUCUGGUGAUCCUCAUUACAACACCUUUGACAAUGCCACCUAUGACUUCCAAGGCACCUGCACCUACAUCGCAGCUAAAGGCUGCAACCUGAGCGGCAUGCGGCUCACCGACUUCUCUGUGGCGGUGGAGAACGAGAAGUGGUAUGCUUUGUCUGCCAAUCCCAAGGUCUCAGUGACCAAAGUUGUUGUGGUAGAGGUUUACGGAAGCAUCUUGAUACUUCGCAGGAACGAAGCUAAAAUGGUUUGGAUAAAUGGGGUCCUACUUCAUCUUCCACAAAACCUCCACAAUGGUGCUGUGAAGGUUUAUCAGGAGGGGGCAAAUGAUGUCAUUGUGACGGACUUUGGCCUGAGGGUCACUUAUGAUCUGGUCUACCACGUCACUAUCACUCUCCCUGGAAACUACAGGGGCAGAACCUGUGGUCUGUGUGGCAAUUUUAACAAUAACAAAACAGAUGAGUUCCAGCUGCCGGACGGAAUCAUUUCCAAGGACUCCCGGGCCUUUGGAGCAGCCUGGAAAGUGCACGUGCCUGGUGUGGUCUGCGAUGAUGGCUGCAGUGGUGACCUCUGCCCUAAAUGUGACAGCUCUGACAAAGCUGCGAUAGAGGCAAAAUGUGCAAUUAUCACUAAUCCCACAGGUCCCUUUGCUGCUUGUCAUGAUGUAAUUGAUCCUGCCUCCUACUUCAGAGACUGUGUUUAUGAUGUUUGCUUGGCCAAAGGUGAUCAAAGCAUGCUGUGUCACAGUAUUGCUGCAUACAUGUUAGACUGCCAAGACUUUGGUGCAAAGAUUCAGGAUUGGAGAAGUCCUUCUUUAUGCCCUUUCCCAUGCAGUAGUGGCAGCCAUUAUGACACCUGUGUACUGCCUUGCACCUCUCCAUGUCCUGGUCUUGCUGAGACUGUCACGUGCACCACAACUUGUGUUGAGGGCUGUGCCUGUGAUAAAGGGUACCACUACAAUGGAACUGGCUGUGUGCCCUUUGACCAGUGCAGCUGCUAUUACAAUGGCCAAACCUACAGGGUUGGAGAGUCCAUUAUAAGUGAUGGCUGUCACAGGAUCCACACCUGCCAGAGCUCAGGAGUAGUUCUUUCCAAGAACAUGACAUGUGACCUCAACGAGAAUUGCCUGGUCAAGAACAGUGUGAUGGGCUGCUACAUUCAACAGUGCUUUUUGAACAGCAAUGGGACCCUCACUCCAUUUAAUGGCGAAGGUGGUACCAUAACAGUGCCAGGAGCUUAUGAGAUUAUCCAGAGCUGCAAAAAAUCUCAGACAUCAGACUGGUUCAGGGUGGUGGUGAAAUUGGAGAUGUGCACUCCUGGUGUCAACAGUAUUAUCGCUGUGUACGUGUUCUUCAAUGAAGUGAUGGUCACAGUCAACAACAAACAUGAAGUCUUUAUAAAUGGAAUGGCCAUGACUCAAACCACUUUCUCCCAAAAAAAUGUUAAAGUGCUGGUUUCUGACAACACAGUGACAAUCAACAGCCCUUCCAGCCUUCAACUGACCUUCAGUUCAACAAAUGAACUCACCUUGAGUGUCAGUGAUAACGCGGCUGACAUGGUAUGUGGAGCAUGUGGGAAACUCAGGCCUGUUGACACAACACUACAAGAUCUGAGAGAGAGACUGCUGGUCUCUCUUCAUAGUCCGAGUACUGUCUUUGCAUCGCUGAAUGCUGGACAAUGGACAGCUCCUGAUUUCCCUCAGUGUGGUUUGUAAAUGUCAGUCCUGCCAGCUUUUUAUCAACUGCAUCGAUCAACGUACUUCAGCACUAACCAAACGGACAGCAACAUUGAAAAUACCAACAUAUCAACCACUCAACCACUAAUUAUCAUAUGCAUUUGACUGUGUGCUCAAUAAACACAUGAUGUCUGUC